AUGGGGAUGAACCAUGCUAUUUCCCUGUUCUUCUUCUUCUAUGCCAUCUGUCUUUCCGUAUGCGCUGGGACUGGAAUGCCAGGUUCCGACUACAACCCUCAUCCUCGUUUCAUUUGCACCCCCAUUCCCGCUGACGCCGAUCCCGGGUGUUUCCCAACGACGGGCGGCCCAGGUGGCCCCAGUCCCGGACCCCACAGCGGACCUACCGGGAACAGCAACAGCUGGUGGGGAAUGUCCGAGGAGGCAAAAGCGACAAUCCUGCACCUGCGGGAAAGUUUGGUGCAGCAGAAAGAAACCAUCCUGGACCAGAGGGAGACUAUCCGAGAGCUCACCGCCAAACUGAACCUGUGUGAGGGUUUCAACCGCGGCACGGGCAGCCAUGACGACCACCCGCACCGCAAACCUACACACCUGGCUCACCACGCCCACCACGCCUACCCGACAGCACCCGACACAGCACACCUUGGGUGGGCGCCGCCCGAUGGGAACCACGGCAGUCAUGGAAUGGAGCUUGGUCACUAUGGCGACGGGGCCGGGGGACAUCAUCGCGGGAAAGCCUCGCUGAGCGAGAAGCAAGUCACGGGGGAGAUUCCUUCACCCUCGUCUACGCCGGAGCAGAUGAGCCGGAUGCUUCAGUCCCUAAAGGAGCGGCUAGAGAACCUGCAGACAAGAAACACUUCCACCAGCUACUCGAGUUCACUGAAAGAUCUCCUGCAGAGGAAGAUCAACGCUCUAGAACAACAGAUGCAACACCAUUCUUCAUCACUAAUCAGUGUCAGUCACAGUGACCACGAGGGUGACGAUGAUGGCGGUCACCACGUCGACGAUCACGACCACAGCCAUCAUGAGGACAGCCACGACGACCACGAUGAUCCUCACGAUGAGAGCCAGCACAGUGAUCACCAUGAUGAUGAUCAUCAUGACAACGGUCACCAUGAUGACAACGGCCAUGACAAUGGACACCAAGACAACAGUCACCAUGACAAUGAGGUUUCUGAACACGGCUUCGAGAGGUUGUCUUAUAACGUGCAAGGUCACAGAGAAGCACAGGUUGGAGUGCACAGCAAACUGGACGCAGUUCUGAGUCAUCUGCAGCACAGGCUUACUGACACUGGUUCUAGAAAGAACAGCAAAUCCACUGAAGCUUUCCAGGUCGGCUUCCCCAUGCGGACCAACUACAUGUACGGUCGUGUGAAGCGCACUCUGCUGCACGAGAUCUUCUCCUUCACACUGUGUUUGUGGAUGAAGGCUGGAAUCGGGCCUGGACUCGGAACGCCCUUCUCCUACUCUGUUCCAGGCCAGGCCAACGAGCUGGUGCUCAUUGAGUGGGGAAACAACCCGAUGGAGCUGCUCGUCGAUGACAGGGCUGUUCCUUUACCCCUCUCGCUGAGUGAUGGUAAAUGGCACCAUGUGUGUGUGACUUGGUCAACACGAGACGGCCUGUGGGAGGCCUUUCAGGAUGGAGUGAAGAGAGGGUCCGGAGAAAACCUCUCCCCCUGGCAUCCCAUCAAACCUGGCGGGGUGUUCAUACUGGGCCAGGAACAGGACACACUGGGUGGUCGUUUCGAUGCGACGCAGGCGUUUGUUGGAGAGAUCUCAGACGUGCAGAUGUGGUCUCAUGUCCUCACGCCACAUGACGUCUACAGCCUGGCUUCAUGCGGUGGUCAUAUGACCGGUGACAUCAUCGCCUGGUCAGAGUCAGUGGUGGAGCUGCAUGGUGGGGUCACCAAAUACCCCUUUGACCCCUGUCAUUAAAGGGCAUCACCGGGCAAAAGGACAAUCCACUUACAAAUCUCAGAGCGCAACAUGUUUUAAAUAAGCUUGUUUUGAAGCAUUCUGGUGAUUUGUCACCUGGUUGCAAUGCAAAAUUCAUCCAUUAUCACGUCAAAAACAUUGCCUUCUGUUUACAUAAGAAAAUUGGAUGAUCCCAUGACCUCCAGGAUUUCAACAGGGACCCGUUUUUGUAUUUAUAAUGUUUUCUUACUGAACUUUUUCCAUUUGUAUUCUAUAAAUGGCACUUCAGUGUCAUUCAAUGUUUAAUGCAAGUGUAUGACAUAUUGUCAUAACUUGGAUAGAAAUCCAUAGAGGACACUAAAAAUGUAGAUGUUUGUGCAAAAAAUAGAAAAGCGGCUCAACCUGAGCAGUGAGUUGAAGUUGAAAGAUUCGUUUUCUUGUACUGUAAGAAGAAUCUAAAGAUACAGCGAUACCA